UCAUUAUUCCCUCGCGGCGAGAAUGUCCGAUGAAAGACUGCUCGCAGUAAAAAGGUCAACAAAAAAAGGUAAAAAGGUCAACAUUGAAGAAUGGAACUCUUGAGUGAAGAAAACACUUUACUCGACAUCAACAUUGAACUUCCCCAAGAGAAGAAGACACUUAAGAGUAAAGAGGAUCUUCGCAACCGGAGUAGCACAUGGAGAGUUACUAUGAACACAAUUAACUACAUGGAGGGAACCGGUUUCCUCGCCUUACCGUACGCCGUGGCGCGAGGAGGGCUCGCUGGAGCCCUCAGCUUUGCUUUUGUCGGCAUCCUGAUGGCUUACACCUCGUAUCUUCUCAUUGAAUGCGUUUACGAAGGGAAAUCCACGAAAAGAAAGAGAGUUCAUACGAGCUACCGAGACAUCGCACAAGCUGCCUGGCUGCCGGCUGGAGGGACAGUGAGCAUACUCUUGAUCAUUAACUGGUUGAAUUUGAUGACAGGGUACCUUGUGGUCGCAAGCUCGUUGCUAGUAGAUGUGGAAAUCCCGGGUUUGAUUUUAACCCAAUCGUCCUGGGCUGCCCUUGCUGGCGUGUGCGUGUUUCCCGCCCUGUUCUGCAAAUCUCUCAAAUCAAUGGCCUGGGUGAGCUGCAUAAGCAAUAUAACCCUGAUAAUUUCUUUCAUUAUUGUUUUAAUAAGCGAAGUAAGUAACUACGCUGCAUGGGAUUUAAGAACAUUGUUUUUCUGGGACACACGCGGAGUCUUGUUCUCCAUCAACAUCAUAGUCUUUUCCUACAGCAUCCAGGCGGUCGUGAUCGACAUUGAAGAAAGCAUGACUCACAGGUCCCGAUUUAAUUGGGUAUUGACUAUGACAUACUCCGCUGCUUGCGCGGUAAAAACGUUGUUUGCAGUGUUCGGAUUUCUCUCGUUUAAGCAGAACACAAAUCAAGUUGUGAUCCUCAAUAUCCCUCACGGUAUACCGCGCAUCAUCGUUAUAACCGCGUUCGUGAUUAGCGUUCUCUCGACUUAUCCACUACCGGCACAUAUGCUUAUCAACACCUUGCAGAAUGGAAGACUUGGGGAAUUGGCUAAUGCUUCCGACAUCACCUCUAGACUUUUCCCAUUUUUCGCUCGUUCCGUGCUAGUGAUUUCUACUGUGAUCGCGGCUAUUUGUAUUCCACACUACGCGCUUUUGACAUCUCUGAGCGGUAGUAUCGUCAGCUACGCAAUUUGUCUGUUCUUCCCGCCAGUGUUACAUCUCGGAUUAAAACUCGAUCAGGGAAUGCCGAGGUGGCAGAUGUUUGCGGAUAUAUUUUGCAUUAUGUUCGCCAUAGUAGGGUCUAGUCUGGGCUGCUUCGCGGCUAUAGAAACAAUUAUCCUUACUUUGUUUUAAAAAUCAUUGCUAAUCUGGGACAUAAAGGUGAUGGGUUGGUCAAAGAACACGUUCUUUUGGUAUACCUUAAAACACGGUCGAUAUUUCUAGCUUUUUUUUUGUUAAGGAAGCAUUAAUGUAAUAAAAUGUCCCUUCAUUUGCUA